GGGCGGGACGUGGGGGCGGAAGCGGAAGUCGGUGGCGCGGCCGGGCCAUGGCGGGACGGACGAACGCGGCCUGGGCCCGGCGGCGGCUCCUGGCGGCGCUGCUGCUGCUGGGGGCGGCGGCACCGGGUGGGGGGCGGGGUCAGCGCCAGGACCAGGGGGCCGCGACCGGCGCGGUGGAGAGCGUGAUCGAGCUGCACGAUGCCCACGCCUGCUACUGGUCUACCUCCCACCGCUUCUGCUACGCCAACACGCGCGCCCCGCAGUGGCACGACAUCUGGACACGGGUGCAGAUCCGCAUCAACAGCAGCCGGGGCGUCCGAGUCACCCAGGUGGACAGCGAGGAGGAGCUGAGGGAGCUGGAGAAGUUCAGGGUGUGGAAUUUCCUCUUCUCCUUCCUGAAGGAGAAGCUGAACGACACCAGCAUCGACGUGGAUCUCUACGGCAACAAAACCUGCCUGAAGGUCGAGGUGCUGGAGGCCGGCACCACGUACUGCGUCGUGCUGUCCCGGCGAUUUGACCCUAAACUGUUCCUGGUUUUCUUCCUGGGCCUGUUGUUGUUCUUCUGUGGGGAUGUGCUGAGCCGGAGCCAGCUCUUCUACUACUCAGCCGGGAUAAGCGUUGGCUUGCUGGCCUCGCUGCUCAUCGUCUUCUACGUCAUGUCCAAGGCCAUGCCCAAGAGAAGUCCUGUUUACUUCCUUCUGGUAGGAGGCUGGUCCUUUUCCCUGUACCUGCUUCAGCUCGUCUUCAAGAACCUACAGGAGAUCUGCAAGUCCUACUGGCAGUACCUGCUCUGUUACAUGCUGCUGGUGGGCUUGGUGAGCUUCGGUGUGUGCUACCGGUACGGCCCGCUGGAGAACGAGCGCAGCAUCAACCUGCUCUCCUGGACCCUGCAGCUCCUGGGCCUGCUGCUGAUGUACUCGGGCAUCCAGAUCCGCCCCGUGGCCUUGGCCUUGGUGCUCAUAGCCAUCUGCACCAAGCACCUCGACCACCCCCUUCAGUGGGCCUACGCUGCCUACAGGAGAGCACAGAGCGCCCGGCUGGGACCCAGCCCCCCCCGCCUACUGACCGAGGAGGAGUACCGCAUCCAGGGCGAGGUGGAGACACGCAAGGCCCUCGAGGAGCUUCGAAACUAUUGCAGAAGCCCGGAUUUCUCUGCCUGGACCGCAGUCUCCCGCAUCCAGUCUCCUAAGAGGUUUGCUGACUUCGUGGGCGGCGCCUCUCACCUCACCUCCAGAGAGAUUUCUUUCCACGAGCAGGAGUAUGGCCUGGGUGGCAGCUUAUUUGAGGAGCAGCUGUUUGAGGAGGAGGAGGAGGAGGAGGAAGAUGACUCCUUUGAUGCGGACUACAGGAAUUGCUCCCUGUCCUACAGCCGCCUGGAUGCUGAUUGAGGUCAGCUGCCCCGGACCCAGGAGGGCCAGGGGCAGAACUGCUGGAGUCACCCUGCUUCCCUGACACCUGUGGUGCCCAAAGCCGUGUUUACAGGGGACAGCCGGUGUUGUCUGUGCCCAGCACCUCUGAUCCCACCCCAAGCGGGGCUCCUGUGAGCCCUGCAGCAGAGCCAGGCUGGUAGGAGGAUACGGGGAGCUGGCACUUUUCGUUUUCCCCAGGCAGUUCCAGCACCAAAGCUCUUGUCAUCGCAGCUCUCAUUGGCAGAGGGUUGCAGGGGGCCUGUCCUUGACCAUGGGGUCUGUGCUGCUGCCGAGGUGUAGGACACUGGGCUGGAGUUGAGCUGGACUGGAGCCACCCUGGCUUUUGGGGUGUGUGCUUGCGUGCCUCCUGGUGCGCACCUCGGAGGGGCAGGGACCUUCCCAGGCCUUGGUACUGAGCUGCCUCCCGUGUGCGCUGAGCCCCCGCGCUGUGGCUGGCAGGGGGGAGCCCCUCUCCCCCCCCCUCUGCCAGGGCGUCUCCACUUUUCAGGGUGGGGAUGGAACAAAAGGUCCAGCUCGCGUGCGGAUGCCUGCAGGAGACACGUUCAUAAAAGAACUUUGGACCCAUCCUGCCUCUACCUGCGUGCUCAGCACCUGCCCGCUGCAAGGCUGCGGUGUGGGGCGAGCACACCCGGGGGCAGCUGCUCCUCCUCCUCGUGCUUACCAAAGGUGCCCGAGGGCUGCAGCUGCUCAGCCUGUGCCUCUAACUUGUCAUAAUCCCCUGCAGCUACCAAAAAUCCCCCAGUGCUUCCCGGGCAGAGCCCCAGCUCCAUGGGCAGGGGGCUCCACGUGCGUGUCGUAGAGCUGGGUGUGAGACCCGGUGCCCUGCGGGUCGCCCCCAGCACCUUGUGGGUGCUGGCUCAGCCUCCCCUUCUCCCGGUGUGGCCGUGCCUCCUGCACCCUGCCCAGCGGGGUGCCAGUGUUCCUGUGCCCUUCCCUCCUGGUGCCAGGCAGCACCGGGCGCCUGCGUGCUCCUGCAGCAGCACCUGGGAGUGCACCCACAAGGGGCAUGUACUGGGGGGGGGGCAGGAGCUGCUACGCUGCUGCUUUCAGCCCCGUCCCCACCACGUUCCUCUCACGGCCAGUGCAGGGCAGGAGGCCUGGUGAAGAAGCCUGGAUGAAGGCUUCUUCACCCCUUCUUUGGGGGGCCAAAUCUAUGCAACUUCUUGUGGGAGUGUGGCCAUGGGGGUCGACAAGCUCCAUGGUUGGUGAUAACAUUGGACUCAACGAUGAGGCCAGGAGGAAUGUAAAGUGUCUAGAAGGAACUUCUAGAAGGGUGGUUCAGGAGAUGCCUUGCUGUUACAUGGACGUUGCUGGGUGUUUGCUGCUUCCAGGCAAAGUUUUUGACCAAAGAAUAGUGAAAAAGUACUGCUGCAGAGCAAAGGGUGCAAGAAGGGAGCCUCUCAACAAGGGGACGUUGAAGUUAUGUCAUCAAUAAUGUCAUCAGUUAUUGAUCCUAAGAGAGCCCCGGUGUCUGCGUGGUCUUUAUGCCACGAUUUCUUUGCAAUAAGCCUGCCCUCCCGUAGCCUUACUGCCCACGGCUGCUGCCCCCGCUGAUGCUGUUGAUUUAUUUCUGGUUCGCUCUGCUUCAGCACUGAGCUCUACCCCUGUGUGAGCAGCCUCUGCUGCUGCCUCCCUCUGUCCCCUUGGCGUGCUUAAUGCAGGUUGAUGUCUGAGUAUAUUUUUUAAUAAAGGUAUGUUUUCUAAA